UGGGUCAAUGUCAAAGAUGUCGCCAAUGCGCAUAUUCUGGCGUAUGAGGUCCCUUCAGCUAGUGGAAGAUAUUGUUUGGUUGAGAGCGUUGCCCACUACUCGGAAAUUGUAAGACUCCUACGUGAGCUCUACCCAUCGUUACCACUUCCGGAGAAGUGUGCAGAUGACAAACUAUUUAUGCCAACCUAUCAGGUGUCCAAGGAAAAGGCGACGAGCUUGGGUAUUGACUUCAUUCCAUUGAAAACCGGCCUCAAAGAAACUGUGGAAAGCUUGAAGGAAAAGCAAUUUGUCAAUUUCUGAGUGGCAGUAGUACCCCUCUUCAGGUCCUUUCCUUUAUAAACCAAUGGUUAUGAAGUAGGAACUCUAUUCUAUUCGGCUUUCGAAUUAGUAUUUUGUGGGGCACAGGACUCUCCA